AUGGGAACCAACAACAAAACUGUCACUAAUAAGUCAAACAAGAGAAUCCAAGGGAAACGACAUAUCAAACAUAGUCCCAACUUGACUCCCUUUAAUGAAACACAAAAUGCUUCGAAUUUUUUAAUCAAAUCAUCAACUCCUUAUAUAUCAGCUAUCAAACAAAUUACCAAGAAAUUGAAUAAAUUCUCCAAAUCAAAGAAUAGUCACACGAUAAAUAAAUUUCAAAAUGAACAAUACAAGACGAUCAAAUAUAUAGCCGUCAAAGGUAUGGGUAAAACAAUUGAAAAAGUGGCGAGUAUUGGUACUCAUUUCCAAAAGGAUUAUAAAGUUGAUGUGUUGACAGGGUCUACUACAGUGUUAGAUGAGUUUGCACCAAUUGAAUCAAACCAAGAGCCUGAUAAUGAGAACAAGAGUGAUGAUGAUGACGACGACGACGACGAAACUAUAUAUAAGAAACGUACUGUGAGUUCUAUAGAGAUUAGAAUAUGGAUAAAACGAGAUUAA